CCCAUGUACAUAAGACGGCGACAGAGGACGGCUGAAGUAUCAUUCGCACAGCGCGACAUGGCGAAAGUACUGGCCCUCUUCCUGGUGCUGCUGAUUGCUGCCUUGGUCUGCGAACAGGCUCUAGCCUGCACGCCGGGCUCUCGCAAGUACGAUGGCUGCAACUGGUGCACGUGUUCCAGUGGCGGCGCCUGGAUCUGUACGCUCAAGUACUGUCCGCCCUCCAGAGGUGGUGGUCUUACAUUCGCUUGACCUGCAUCCCGUGGCCAGGUCACCUGCCGCUGAAGACUUGACCCGGAGAAAUGGUCUGCUGCUUCAUAAAUGUUGAUAUUUGAAUGUAUCUGCAGCGAAUAUACUCACAAUGGCUACGAAUAAAGCUUGAAAUACUCAA